UGUUUUUUAUUAUUGUUUUAUAAGAGGACAUCAGUCACUCUGCUCUGGCUCUGUGCUGAUCUGUGGUGAGGAUGUUUUGAAGGAGAGGCCAGGAGUCUGAUCUGCCUCAUCUAUUUCUAUGGACAGCAGAGGGAAAGAAAAGCUUCUCUAUGUGACGUGCGUCUAUGAAGGGCAGGUCCACACGUGACGGACUCGAUAGUCCCGGAGGCUGGACGGAGGUGGAGAUCAGAGGAGAGGAGGAGGAGAGGAGGAGGAGAGGAGAGCCGGUCACAGAGCAUCAGCGCCUCAGACAGCAGGAGAAAGUUACUGUUAGAGACAAUCAGCAUCCUCAAGCCCGCAUCUCUCGUCUCCAGCGGUGUUUGUGUUGCGCAUCCUCCCGUCUGAAUGCGUCGUCCGGCUGUACCGGUGCUCGCGGGGCUGUCCGCCUGCCUCUGCUGCCUGCUCGUGGGCGCGGCGGCAGCGGCGGUGGUGGUGGCUGCGGCGGCGGCGAAGGUCCAGCAGCUCAACUACCGGCCGGUGAUCGGUGUGUUGGCGCAGGAAAACCUCCCAGGAGACACGUUUGCUCGUGGUACCUCUUACAUCGCUGCGUCCUAUGUUAAGUUCGUGGAGGGAGGUGGAGCGAGGGUCGUACCCAUCAGAAUCAAUUGCACAGAAGAAGAAUAUGCUAAGAUAUUCUCCACAAUAAACGGGUUGUUGCUGCCCGGAGGUGAUGUAGAUAUCCAGACUUCACAGUUCACUCGUGCCUCCAAGAUCUUAUACAACUUGGCUAUUAAGGCCAACGAUGCCGGGGACUACUUCCCCAUCUGGGGAACUUGCCAGGGCCUCCAGCAGCUCUCCGUUCUCACAGCCAACAAGAACCUGCUCACCCUCACCGACACCAAGGCUGUGGCCCUGCCGCUCACUUUCACAGCAGCCGCCAAGUCCAGCCGUCUGUUCCAGAGUUUUCCAAAGGACUUGCUGCAAUCUCUGGCCGAGGAAAAUAUCACUGCAAACUUCCACAGUUGGAGCCUGUCUCUGCGGAACUACAGUCAAAAUUCCAAGCUGAAGAGCUUCUACAAGGUGCUGACCACCAACAAUGACGGGAAGAUAGAAUUCAUCUCCACCAUGGAAGGCUACCGCUACCCAUUUUACGCAGUGCAGUGGCAUCCAGAGAGACCCACAUAUGAGUGGAUUGAGAAGCCGGGCCUGGUUCACACCCCCUCUGCUAUAAGAGUCGGCUUCUACUGCGCCAGCUUCUUUGUCUCUGAAGCUAUGAAGAAUCACCACCAUUUCUCCAGUCCUGCGGAGGAAAAGAGCGCUCUCAUCUACAACUUCUCUCCCGUCUUCACAGACUUAAAGUACUUAUUUGUGCAGAACUAUUACUUUUGAUUGACGGGGGGACAGGGCCGAGGAUUGAAACAGGCUCAGUCCAGUCAGGAAUUUGCCAUUUGAUCGAACAUGUUGGGCCGAGGUUUUAAAACUGAACUCGAUGGCGUUGUCGCAUUCAGACAGGACAGCGAUGAAAGUAAUAAUAGAAAACAGAACAAGAAAACAAAACAAAAUGUUAUGUUCAGAAAUCUUUAAAAAGACAAAUAUAUAUAAGUACAGUAGAUUUUUUUAAUAAAAAAACAAAAUUAAACAGUGCUAAUACCUAAAGGAGAAUUAAUUAAUGAUUUCAUUUUGAUUUAUAACAUUAGUAACAGUGAAAUAUAUAAGACGUUGCUGGAUUUUAUACAUUCAUAGGGUAUAAUAGUGAAAUAUUAGUUUAUAUUUUUGAAUAACAGAUCAUGUAAGAACAUAUCAGACUAUCUGGUUCCAUUGAGAGUAUAUUAAAAACAUCUAUCGGCUACACUGUCACUUACGUAUCCCGGUUCUUAUGUUGUUCAAACAGGCUUCAGUUCAAAUUCUGAGUUAUGAUUUGUUUCUUUAUGAGCAAAAUUUCUAGGGACAAUAUUUUACUUUUAGAUUUGUAUCGGGUCCAGUUGUAACAUUAAAUUGACAUAACAUUAUAUAAAUUAUAUAUAUUAAUACUCGUGCGAAAGUCUGCUUGUCAUCUGUCUUGCAGCCUUUUAUUUUGCUAUGGUCCAGCAGACGACUUGAUGCCCCACAGAGACGACUCUUCGCCUCUCGCUCGGUUGCACAUUUUUUAUUUUAUCUCUUUAACUAACUCCUUCAAAAUCCUCUUCAUUCUCUUCAUCUCUGCCAGGAAGUCCUUACUGAGAAUACUAAGCAAUAAGCUUUGUUUUAUUGCAAGCUGGGGGGUUUGUGACGCAGUGCCAUGAAGUGUUACUCACUUAAUCACAGUCGGAUUCUGCUCACUCGAGCCGAACUAUGUUGUGCAAGAACAACCAGUUGGCUUUUGCAAUGUGGGAAUGAUUGAGGCACCGUUCUAAGUGUCCCAUUAUAAUGAUUCUGAAGCUGUUGUUUUAAGGUGAAACAGUUGCAUAAUGAUGUUUUAAAUUCCUGAACUGAUACUUCAGCUGCCAACAAAAAAAAAAGGUCAGAAAUUACCAAUUUGUCAUUAGAGCCUAAAGCUUGAUAAAAAUAUCAAUGGAUAACCUUUAAACAAACUGCUGCUGUGAGUCUUUAAAAGUAUUUCUGUAGAAAUGUAAACAUGCCUGUUACUUCUUUUUUUAUAUGUAUAUAAUUUGCUUUAUUCGGGACUGCACAAGAUGUUUAUCCCUCAGUGUCCAUUAGAUAUACAGCAGUCAGUGUUUAUCCCCAUCAGUUGAUCAACUACUAUCAUAUUUUGAAGUUGUUUAAUAAUUUUAUACGAGUCUUGAAAGAGUUUAUCUUUACAUGGUUGUUGCAUUUCUGUGUGUCUCUGUGGGCAUUUAAGAGUCUUUUUAUUGUGGAAAGUGAUCAGGAUUUCAUUGAAAAGUUUCAAUUAAAAUAUUUUUACACUUGGAAAAACCUGAAAGCUUGCAGGAAUGAGGAAUGUACCUUCGUGGAUAAAGUGGUUGUUUGCACAAGACUAUGAUCGCCUGAUUUUAAAAUGUAACCUUGGAUGUUUAAUUGUGUGGCUGUCAUCAUAACUAUGUUGAAAGAUGUGAUCAUUUUUUUCUUCAUCUGUCAUCUUUCUAAAACUAGCAUACCAAUACGCUCAUAAUUUUUCUUAUUUUUACCAUCAGGAAAAACAAUUUCCACACGUUUAACCAUUACGCAGCCAGAGAGAUAUGUAUUGCCGAGGUGUAAAUACAUUUUUUAUUAAAAUCCCUCUUUUUGUUUCGUUUAUUGAGCCAAAAAAAUUAAUGAGUCCAACAUUAACGAUCUGUACAAAUUCUACUUUGGAACAUUUUAUAUUAGAUUUUGUCACAUUGAUUGCACAACUGCUUGUUUGACUUUGUGAUCAGACAAUAAAGAAAGUAAAAAAAAAAAA